UUGCUUUCUUGUAGCAGUAAGUAGUCUCAGGAUAAAUGAUGGAUAACCAACAGAUUCCGAAAAAGGGGUCUGAUUCAGCUUCACCUGCAGAAUCUGAAACUACAAAAGUUCAAGAGAUUCAACCUGAAAACCCAACUCCCACAAAGGAGUCUGAUUCAGCUUCACCUGCAGAAUUUGAAGCUACUAAAAUUCAAGAUAUUCAACCUGAAAACCCAACUCCCACAUGCCGCCGCCAAACUUCUCAUACCUCUGUAAACAUUUCUGAUGAUGUUUCAGCUGCUUCUUCAGGAGCAUCUGCGCAACAGAGAGAAUGUUCAUGCUUUGAGGUACUAUGUAAGAUAAUAUUUAUACUUUUGCUACCAGUUAUAUGUGCUUGUUAUUUGUGUGUUGCUGCUAUGAUUAUAGCAGUUUUUUUAGGCCUCAUCAUUACUUGCUCAGUUAUUGCUGCCACAGUCGCGUUACCACUGCUAUUGGUGUCAUUUUUAGUUAUACGGUUACUUCAGUUCUUUAGUCACGGUGAUGCCUAUGACAAAGCGGUUCAACUUAUGCUUUUCAUCCGUGCUUGGAUACUCAUAGAUAUGGUGGUGUUUCUGAUUAUAUUAUGGAUUUUCUUCUGGGUACCUAAAAACAUCUCAGGGUUAAAGCUGUUGUUAGGAUUGACUUUAGCAGAUUGGGUAAACCUAUAUUAUGUGAUCUUCGGCAUCUACAUUUUGAGCUGUUUUGUUUCAGUAGUGACCAUUAAUUUAUUACCACUGGUCCCCUUGGAUCACACAGAAAGUGGCCUUAUAUUACCCGAAGCAGUGCUUGAAAUAAUCGACUGUCUCAUUUUCUGGUUGGCAGAAUCCGAGGUUAUGAAACGUGUUUCCACCUUUAAGCACCACAAGAUACUUAGACUGAACACUCAAAAAUGGAUUGAGGUAUCAAUAUUCGUCCUUGUUGCCUACAAUGUCAUCACCUUGUGUACUUAUAUGAUAGUGUGGUUGCUAAGGAAGUUAGUUUGUCACAAAAUACUUAAACCAGGGAUUAAUACAAAAUCACGUCAAUACUUAAUUAUAGAAAAGUUCCUGCGAGGGAAAUAUCUAAUGUAUUGGGCUAAUGGAAUGAAACGCAGCAUCAACUUCAUAUUAAGAUCAUUGCUGCUUUUAAUUACUUGGGUGUCGUAUUUUGGCUCUAAGCUAAACAAAACAACCCAGGCCAAAUACAUUCUGGAUUUCGGAACCUGGACUUGUCUGAGUCUUUUAAUUUGCUCCUUUCUUUGGCUGGUCAAAACUUGUGUCUUGCUAUCAUGGGAGGCUUGUUCUGUGUAUAACAGAUUGAACUCUAAAAUCUUGGAAGGUGGGAAGCAAUUGUAUUUCCUUGGCAUCAUAGGUCGCCACAACUACGACAUCUUAAACCUUCUGUAUGAGUGCAAAGAUGAUGAAACUUUGUGGAACUAUGACAUCUUAAACUAUGACUCGGAUGACCAGAGAUUAAGACAGUUUGUCUCACAUCUAUGUAAAACCUUGUUUCCUACUAGGGUAAUGAAUUUACACGCUCAUUACCUAAGUAAAUUGGACGAUGUGGAUGAUUGGGGAUAUUUUGAAGAUCAACUUCAUGAAUAUGUGGGUUCCUCACAAGAAAUAUCAGCUGAAAGGAUGGAAAGGGCACGCAACAAUUGUUUGUUCCUUGCGAAUACAUUAAGUAGUGCCAAGGAGGUUGUUGAUUGUUUAAACAAGAUAAUCAGUUGGCUUUUGAUUGUUGCUACUUUCAUAAUGUGGUUGCUUCUAACUGGGUUGGCUUCCACAAAGGUACUAGUCAUCAUAGCAUCUCCGUUGUUAGCUGCAACUUUUAUAUUUGGAGAUGCUUGCAAGACCCUAUUUCAAGGGAUCAUGUUUGCCUACGUUAUACACCCUUUCGAUGUUGGUGAUUUAUGUGUCAUUGAUGGAAACAUGGUAGAGGUUAAAACAAUUGGUGUUUGGAAAUCAACCUUCUCAAAAGUUGGGAUGCAAGAGCAAGUGUUAUAUCCAAAUUCAGAGUUAUGCAACAAAAAUAUAAUCAACUACAAGACAGAAUUUGAUUGGAAUGAUUAUCUAGAGCUUGAUACAGUCUCAUUAGACGAGGAAAAAAUCAAGAUUUUGAAACAAGAAAUAGAAAAAUACCUUGAUGAUGGUGAGAACUGUAAAUUUACACCAGGUUAUAAUUGUGUGGAAGUGGUGAUAACUGAAGAAAACAUCAAGAUAGCUAUUAACUUUAGACACAAUGUAAACCUCAAGAAUAGCACUUACUUUGAAUGCCUCAAGGAAAAGCGCAAGCGGCGAUCAGAGUUCAUUCUCCAUGCACAAUGCCUUGUAAAUCACAUGAAAAAUGGAAACACAAAAACCUCAGAGAGUUACGAAGAUAAGGUAGAAAGUAAAAAUGGCAGCUUGAUGAAUAUUCCCGAUUCAGGUGAUGAAGAUGACACUUUUGUAGCAGGAAAGGUAGAGGGAGUCUAUGGAGGAUAAGUAAUUCCGUAAACAUGUUUGACUACACUUUACACCUUUUGUACAAGUUUGCAAUAAAGACAAUCUUGCUACAAAAUCAUUAAAGCUAGGACUGAUCUUAUUAGCAAUAAUGCUAUAGUUAACUCAAAGCACUUAUAUGAGCUUAAAUCUCAACUCAAAUUCAAUUUGUGACCUUAAUAACUCGGUGUUGAAAUCCAGAAUUUGUCUAGAAAAGUUCAUCAGCUACGAGCCUAGGAUUUUAUUAAAUGCAUAAUUAAGCAAACCAAAUUUUGAAUGUGAUCUGAUUAACUAUUAGCUAAUAAGCUUACUAUACUAGUAUUAUCUUAUGCUAAGAUAUACUUCCUCAUUUUCCUUUUA